AUCUUGACAAAUCAUACCACUGCUACUUGGGUCUCCUAUAGUACACCACUUCCACUCUCAAAAUAUCAAAACCUCAGAUUUCUCAAUCAUGGUACCUCCCUCAACAAUUCCCCCCUCUCUUCAUCAUUUGGCCUCUGCUCAUCAUUUUCCUAAUUCUGAGUCCUUCUUCUUCAAGAAGCCCAUUCUCAGAACACUAAAUCAUGUUGUUCACUCUGCUUUACAAUCUCCUCCACUGCUUGAUUUCCCAAAAAGCCCCCUUUCUCAGCCUCGAAUUACUACCAAACCCGAAACUACCGCUUCUCCACCUUCCUGGAACCCAAUGCAAAAAGUAGCAUCAAUGGCAUUAGAUGCGGCCGAGAGAGCGUUAAUCUCGCGUGAACUCCAACACCCACUUCCAAAAACAGCCGACCCACGAGUUCAGAUCUCCGGGAACUUCGCUCCGGUGCCGGAACAGUCCGUAUGCCAUUCCCUCCCCGUCACUGGCACUAUUCCCGACUCCAUUAAUGGCGUUUAUGUCCGAAACGGUGCUAACCCAUUAUUCGAGCCCGUCUCUGGGCACCACUUGUUCGACGGUGACGGCAUGAUCCAUGCUGUUAGUUUACGCGGCGGCUCUGCUAGCUAUGCCUGCCGAUUUACUGAGACGGAGAGACUCGUCCAGGAACGGAAGCUCGGUCGGCCAGUGUUCCCCAAGGCCAUCGGUGAGCUCCAUGGGCACUUGGGUGUAGCCCGACUCCUCCUCUUCUACGCUCGCGGACUCUUCGGCCUUCUCGACCACCACCACGGCGUCGGCGUCGCCAACGCUGGCUUAGUCUACUUCAAUGGCCGCCUCCUCGCAAUGUCAGAAGACGACCAUCCUUACCACGUCCAUAUUACUCCUUCCGGUGACCUCGAAACCGUGGGGAGAUACAGUUUCCAGGAGCAGCUCAAAUCGAACAUGAUUGCUCACCCGAAAGUCGACCCAGAGUCCGGCGAGUUAUUCUCCCUGAGCUACGACGUUGUCUCGAAGCCGUAUCUGAGAUACUUGCGGUUCUCACCGGACGGAGAGAAAUCACGAGACGUGGGAAUUCCUUUACCAGUUCCUACAAUGACGCACGAUUUCGCAAUUACAGAGAACUUCGUGGUGAUUCCGGACCAGCAAGUAGUGUUCAAGCUCCAAGAAAUGAUCACGGGAGGAUCUCCGGUGAUCUACGACAAGUCAAAGAAAUCAAGGUUCGGAAUUCUCUCGAAGAAUGCGGGAAACGCAUCAGAUAUCAUCUGGAUUGAAUGCCCAAACACGUUCUGCUUUCAUCUCUGGAACGCUUGGGAGGAAGAGGCGAACGAAAUCGUCGUCAUCGGCUCUUGCAUGUCACCGCCGGAUUCCAUUUUCAACGAAAGCGAAGAGAAGUUGGAGAGCGUGCUGUCGGAAAUCAGACUGAACCUCAUCACCGGUGAGUCAACACGCCGCCCCAUUAUCUCAGAGCAAAUGAACUUGGAAGCAGGAACGGUGAACCGAAACCGACUGGGGAGGAAAACCCGGUUCGCUUAUCUCUCGAUCGCAGAGCCAUGGCCGAAGGUGAGUGGAUUCGCGAAGGUGGAUUUGAUGACAGGAGAGGUGACAAAAUACAUGUAUGGCGAAGAAAGAUACGGAGGAGAGCCAUUUUUCUUGCCGGGAGAGAGUAAGGAGGGAGAAGAAGACGAGGGGUACGUUCUGAGUUUUGUUCACGACGAGAAGACAUGGAAGUCGGAGCUGCAGAUCGUUAACGCCAAGGAAAUGAAGGUGGAAGCCACCGUGAAGCUUCCGUCAAGAGUGCCGUACGGUUUUCAUGGGACGUUCGUGGACGCUAAGGAUUUGGCAAAGCAGGCGUAGGACAAGACAAAAUGGCACAGUUAGUAACAGUCAUAUAAAUCACAGUAUUUAUGACAAUGUAUAUAGUGAUGCCUUUUGUUUAUAAGUGAUUCAUUUCUCGGUCUGAAUUUUGGUAGAGCCAGUCAUAAGUUUUGAUUACAUUUAUUACUACCUCCUCCGCUCUUUAAUAUAAGAUCCCGUUUGACUUU